AUGGCCUCCAGUGCAGAGAAGGACCUGACCUGCCCCAUCUGCCACGACAUCUUCAUGCGGCCGGUGGUCCUGUCCUGCAGCCACAGCUUCUGCAAGGCCUGUGUGCAGGCCUGGUGGAGGGAGAAACAUGUAAACGAGUGUCCCGUUUGUAAAGCCAGUCCUGUGAGGGAGCCGCUGGAGAGCUCAGUCCUGAGGAACCUGUGUGAAACCGUCUUAAAGGAGAAGGAGAGGAGGGUUUCUGCAGAAACGGAGGCCCGCUGCAGCCUGCACGACGAGAAGCUCAAGCUGUUCUGCCUGGACCACCAGGAGCUUGUGUGUCUGGUGUGUCGAGAUUCAAGAGCGCACGCCAACCACAGCUUUAGACCCCUGGACGAGGCCGCGCAGGAUCACCGGGCGCAACUCCGGGAGGCCCUGAGGCCCCUGAGAGAGGAGCUGAAGGUCUUUGAACGCACCAGAGCAAACUGGAACCAAACAGCCAAACACAUUAAAGUUCAGGGCAGAAAGAUGGUGGAGAAGAUUAAAGAUCAGGAGGAAGAAAAGAUAAAAAGUAAAAUGCUGAGGGAAAAGGACGAAGAUCUGAGCCGACAGAUAUCAGCGAUUUCAGACAUAGUCAGAGCCUCGGAGAAGGAGCUUAGAUGUGCUGAUGUCUCGUUUCUGCAGAAUUACAAAGCGGCAGUAGAAGCAGCCCAGCGGCGCCCCCUGCUGGAUGACCCGCAGCUGCCCCCGGGAGCUCUGAUGGAUGAGGCCAAACACCUGGGCAACCUGGGCUUCAACAUCUGGAACAAGAUGAAGGACAUGGUCUCCUACUCCCCAGUCAUCCUGGAUCCAAACACGGCCCACCCAGCCCUCAUCCUCUCCGAGGAUCUGACCAGCGUGAGACACGACGGUGCCAGGCAGAAGCUCCCUGACAACCCAGAGAGGUUCGACUGUUCUUACAUGGUUCUGGGUUCUGAAGGCUUCAGCUCGGGGACUCACAGCUGGGAUGUCGAGGUUGGAGAAAGUGGGUCCCUGGGCGUGGCAGAAGACUCUGUCCCAAGGAAGGGAGUCGUAAAGUCUGGAUUGUGGAGCAUAAACUUUAAGGGUGGAGCAUAUGCAGCCUGGUCCCCUUCAGGUCUACGCCACACCCCACCAGGUGCCAUUCAUCAGCCUGACGAGCUGGCUGAUGAACUGAACUGGCUGAUGAGCUGA